AUGGCGUCGUUCUUCUCCAGCGUACGCCAAGGGCUAGCUGGCCGAUCCAAUAAGGGCAACCAGCAGCAACAGCAGCAACAACAGCAACAACCGGGCAAAAGUGGCACACCUCCGCCGACUGGCCAGUACUCGCAAUUACCUACAUCGCAGCAGGCUCCUCAACCUCCUAUGCCUAACUCUCCAGCAAUGUCGGCUUCCAUGUCAUUUGAUGCCGGAGCGGAAAGUCCCGCCCAGUCUGGCAAUCGCAGACCGCCUUUCUUCUUCCGGGAAGAGUACUCCAACCUGAUUGUCAAGGGUAACUUUAUGACCUUGGCUGCUAAGCCCAAGCUUGUUGAAGAAGGUGAAUGGCUCGCACAUCAAGUCGUCGAACAAUAUCGACUGCUCGAACAGAUGAUUGAAGUCAUCAAAGUCAUCGACGACCGAACAGGCAAGCCUAUCUGCAAUCCAGAUGUCUGCCCAACCAUGUCAGCCAGCGGACACACCUAUACCUGGCUAGACAACAACAAGAAGCCUAUCAAGAUUCCUGCCAUACAAUACAUCAACCUUGUCCAAAAAUGGAUUGUCGGCAAAAUCAACGACUCGAGCAUCUUCCCUACAGACACCUCGACAAUCACCGCCCCAACCUACGCCUCCGGCUCCGCUACCCCGGGAAACUCAACACCUCAAGCCCUCCCCCCAUCCUCUCUCAACGCACCUCUUUCUCAGCUCGCCGGUCGCGAAUGGCUGGGCAAAUCCUCCGGCUUCCCCGAAAACUUUGAGUCGGACAUCAAGAGCAUCUACCGCCAGAUGAUGCGGUGCUACGCACACAUCUACCACGGACACUGGCUAGAGCCGUUCUGGAAUGUGAGCGCGUACAAGGAGCUCAACACAUGUUUCAUCCACUUCAUCAACGUCGGCCGUCUAUUCGGACUCAUUGGUGACAAGGAGAUUGAGCCCAUGCAACCGCUUGUCGACUUGUGGACAGAGAAGGGGCUUUUGACUGCAACUGUCAAGACGGAACAGGCACCGCCGAGGAGCUCAGGAGGUCCAAGUGCCAUUUCCGCUGCUGCGUAG